AUGGCGGCGUCCGUGGGGCGGAAGUGCCUGAGGUUGCUGCGCGGGAUCGAGCCUUGGCGGAGCAGCCUCCUUCACUCUGAGAACACUGCCGUGAGCCACUUCCUACAGUCCUUAAGGAAGCUGUCUGUCAGAGGCUUCUACACAAAUGCCAGAAGAGUCCACACUGCCCCUGCUCGAACCUUGUCUCUGCUGCGUCCCCUGCCCGUUCUGUUGGUGACAGGUGGCGGGUAUGCGGGUUACCGGCAGUAUGAGAAGUACAGGGAGCGAGAGCUGGAGAAGCUGGGGUUGGAGAUCCCACCCAAACUUGCUGGUCACUGGGAGUAGGCUGGAACCAAACCCGCAGUAUCUCUGAAG